CCACAGCCGAAACCCUUCUUCUAGUUGGACAAAAUUAACAUGUGCAAAAACUGAAAGUUCAAAGCUGCAGCAAAAUAGCAAGCAGAGCAUGGGCACAGCCAUGGCUUCCAUAUCUAAGCCACUGCCACGUGUCCACCUCCCCUCGAACCCUAUCCCUCUCCGCUUCUCAGCUGUAAUCCUAUCGUUCCCUUCCUUCCCAGCGGCGUCGUUUCCCCGACAUCUCCGAGCCAUUAAAACCGGACCGGACGGUUUCGGCUCGGACUUGCUAAGGAAGCCUAUUAUUUCGCAGGACAAGGACGUGGGCGGGAUUUCGGAGGAAGACGAGGAGAGCCAGGGGAAGAGGGAGUACGAGGACGGGGACGAAGAGAAAUGGGUGGACUGGGAGGACCGGAUUUUGGAGGACACGGUUCCUCUGGUCGGCUUUGUUAGGAUGAUCCUUCAUUCUGGAAAAUAUCAAAGUGGAGAUAGAUUAAGUGCAGAGCAUGAGAAAACCAUUCUUGACAGGCUGCUUCCAUUCCAUCCUGAAGCUGAAAAGAAGAUUGGAUGCGGAAUUGACUAUAUCACAAUUGGGUAUCAUCCUGAAUUCGAAAGGUCACGCUGUUUGUUCAUAGUUCGAAAGGAUGGAGAGUUGGUUGACUUUUCUUACUGGAAAUGCAUAAAGGGCCUGAUCAAGAAGAACUAUCCUUUAUAUGCUGACAGUUUCAUUCUCAGACAUUUCCGACGGCAUAGGCGUAGUGUAUGAGGUGAGGGAGGUUAAUGGAAAAGGUGGAUUGAAAGCUGUGGGACGAUUUGACCGAACUCGAUCGGAAAAAGGAGGAAUUCCAGUUGAAAGAGGUUGACCUCCAUGCGUUUCUUCUAUUACAAUCAUCUUCCCACCGAGCCUCCUUUCUUCUCGGUCCACAGGGACGAAAUCUUGGAUUGUUGUACAACUAUCCACACCUGUAAGUUACAUUUGUCAAAUAUUGUAUGUAUUAUCAAAAUCCAAAUGAUCCUGUAUUUGGCAGAGGACCUUUCCUGGAUUCAAAAGGAAUGAGGGUAAAGCUUUUUUCAGUGUUUUUAGGUUGGCCAUAGA